AUGACGUAGGGAUAGGGUGUGCACGUGGCCCUAAGACCAGCUGGAAGCUCGCGCCGCUGUUGCUGCUGCAGCAGCUAGAAAAUCGCUCUAGCUCUCUGGAGCCUCCUUGAGGGGCUGAGCGCGGCUGGAACUGACUGUCCUUGCACCAUGUUACUGCAGUUGGAGAGGUAUCAGCGAGAGUGGCGAGAGCUGGAAGAGGAAUUUCAGCAGCUCCAGGAAACUCAUAAGGUCUAUAGACAGAAACUUGAAGAACUCAAUAACUUGCAGACUGCAUGCAGCAGCUCCAUUCGUAAACAGAAGAGGAAAUUAAAAGACUUGAAAUACAGCCUCCAACGGUGCAAACACAUGUCUAGUCCUGAAGAAUCUGAUCUCAUACAGCAAAUUAACACCCAGAUCAAAGACAGGCAAAACGUUUUCUUUGACAUGGAAGCCUAUUUACCAAAGAGAAAUGGGUUGUACUUAAAUCUGGUGCUGGGAAAUGUGAAUGUAACUCUUCUAAGUAAUCAGGCAAAGUUUGCCUACAAAGAUGAAUAUGAAAAGUUCAAACUUUAUUUGACAAUAAUCUUGUUACUUGGUGCUGUAGCAUGCAGGUUUAUUCUUCAUUACAGGGUGACAGAUGAAGUGUUUAACUUCCUGUUGGUGUGGUAUUACUGCACAUUGACAAUAAGGGAAAGCAUUCUCAUCAGCAAUGGAUCAAGGAUUAAGGGCUGGUGGGUGUCUCAUCAUUAUGUCUCCACAUUUCUAUCUGGAGUAAUGUUAACAUGGCCAGAUGGACUCAUGUAUCAAAUGUUUCGCAAUCAAUUUUUAGCGUUUUCAAUUUUUCAGAGCUGUGUACAGUUCCUACAAUAUUAUUAUCAAAGUGGUUGCCUUUACAGACUCCGUGCAUUAGGGAAAAGAAACCACUUGGAUCUUACAGUAGAAGGAUUUCAGUCUUGGAUGUGGCGAGGGCUGACCUUCCUUCUUCCCUUCCUGUUCUUUGGGCAUUUUUGGCAGCUCUAUAAUGCAAUCACACUUUUUGAACUGUCUAGGCAUACGGAAUGCAAAGAAUGGCAGGAAGCCUGGUGAUAUUCAGCUAGAGAUCAGGUAAUCUGGUCAGCCCUGAAAAACGCACAAAAUAAAUAGUACAACACAGAGCUGUUUCAAGACCUUCUUUUAAAUGUUGCCUUUACCAUGGUUUUCCAAAACCAUGUUCUUCUGAACAUGGCUCUGACCGAAGGCUGUAAUUGCAGCACUGGGGCCUCUAAUUUCAUUUGUGAAAAGUGUUCACCCACAGGUGACAUGGUGUUUUGUCUUAUUAUUUUCCUGUGUGCAAUUCAUUCGAGAGCAUAGCGACUGUGUGUCUGGUUUCACCUACAUAGUUGUUUAUGGAGCACUUAGUGCACUGGAUGAGGUAAAUAGAAUUAGUACCACCGUACUUGUCAAUCUCAGGCAUUGCUUUUUAGAGUAUUGUAUACUGAAUUUUUGCCUAUAUGCUAUAGCUUGCUUUGCAGUAAAAAAUUUUUUUAUCCCUCUUUGUUAAGAAAACACACAUCCACAUCUUACUAUGUUUUUCCAUCUAAUGAGGGCUGUGUAGCUCCUGAAUCAGAGCUUUUUCUAUAGAGCAAUGGAGGUUUUCCCUCCUUCCCUUCAUGUUCAGUCUGAGCAUACUGCCUCUAGAGAUGAGUAGAAUGUCCAAAGCUUGUUUUGGAUUUACAAAUUAUUCCAUUUUAAGCUUGGAGGUACGUAAAGGCCUCCAUGAAUCUUAAUGGUCCUUGGAUUUUUUGCAGGCUUGUUUUGGGGUCAAUUCCAAGUUAACAAAACCUCUGCAUCCCAUUAGCAUACAACACAAAGGAAAUAGAUCACUCCAAGGUGGAUUUUUCUAUCAGCUGAAUUCACAACCAAAUGAAGAGAAGACUGGAAAUGUACUGUUUCUAACCUGACCUUUGGAAUUUUUCAGGCUGUUAGCAGGAAUCCUGGCAAAGCUCCCAAACAGAGAAAUAACUGACAUGCUAUGAACACAACCUACUUCCCCCAGGAUGGACUGCAUAUUACAGCCCAAACCAUGGCAUAUUUCAGAAAAAAAACCUCUGCUGCAAAAUAUCGUUUUAAAACGUGCUUUUUCUGUAGUGUCACAUUAUUGUGAAAAAAAUCUUCCGCUAACCUCACGUACAGAGAAAUUUCUCACAAAACUUUAAAGCCUUGGAGUGCAGGUACUAAUUUGAAUGGGAUGGUUCCUCUCACUUAAAUGGGAAGCAACUAGGACACCUGCAUGCAUUGUUAACUAGAUGUCCUUGAAGGUAAAAUAGUCAUUGUAGGGUAGCAGGGAUGAUUUCACCAUGUAAUUCUUAACACACAUGUAAGUAGCACAGCUCAAUUUGCCACACAUCAUACAAGCACACGGUGUUGAAUAAAUUGCACUUUUGUUUAUUUUAAAGUAAGUUUUUUGCUUGUAUUGCACAUUCGAUCCUCUCUCUGGGUAUUAAAAUAGUGGCAGCUGCUGUUACCUGCCAGAGGUAAAGCAUUUAGCAAGAUGCAUCAUAUCUGCACUGAGUGGCUUUCUGAGUAGACUAUAAUGAAGGAUGUAAAACACUUUCUAUUAUCAUAAAUCCAAUCUGGAGAGACCACACAAUAGAUUUCCAAACAGCUGCUAUACGAAGUGGACAUUCCAAUAAAGGUGCAGCAGAAUAGUACAUAGUUUGGGGCAGUUGCUUGAGGCUACUCUGAGAAGAAUGGUUAAUAGAGCUGUUGCUUUGUAAUUAUAAUUAGAACUUAUCAAUAUAGAACUUUGAUUUUUAUCCUCUCUG